GAGUCCGAGGCUGAAGUGGGAGGAGAAAAGCAACUGGUUCGCAGACCUGAAGAGCAGACUGUGGGUAUAAAAGGGUGAGGCGCCUCUUCUGCACCACCUCUCCACAGCACUAAGCCUGCCGUUUAAAAGAGCCUGGCUGCUCUUUAUCUGGAGCCGCCUUCUGCCACCAGGAAGCCAGCCUGAGCAGCCAGGACACCUGCUGAUUCACGUCUCCUUGCCCUUCGUCGUGUAUGGAGAGGGAGGAUGAAUGGACAAUCUUUGACUGGUGGCACUGAUGACGCCCAUCACGGUCCUCUUUGGAUAGACCCUUUCGGAAAUAGAGGCGAUAAGGCAGCGCCAGAAGGCUUCAGACGUCUAAGCUUGGCCCUGGCACAAAGGUGGCGAGAACAGGAGCCAGAGGAAGAGAUAGCCAUGGAAGAUAGUCCCACCAUGGUUAAAGUAGACCGGGGUGAAAACCAGAUUUUAUCAUGCCGCGGGAGAAGGUGUGGCUUCAAAGUACUUGGCUACGUCACGGGUGACAUGAAGGAAUUCGCCAACUGGCUGAAAGACAAACCCGUGGUGCUCCAGUUCAUGGACUGGAUACUUCGUGGCAUAUCCCAGGUGGUGUUUGUCAGCAACCCCAUCAGUGGAAUCCUGAUUCUGGUGGGACUUCUGGUCCAGAACCCCUGGUGGGCUCUCUGUGGCUGUGUAGGAACUGUGGUCUCCACUCUGACAGCCCUCUUGCUUAGCCAAGACAGAUCGGCGAUAGCAGCGGGGCUCCAAGGUUACAAUGCCACCCUGGUAGGCAUCCUCAUGGCUGUCUUCUCAAACAAGGGCGACUAUUUCUGGUGGCUGAUAUUCCCUGUAUCUGCUAUGUCUAUGACUUGCCCGGUUUUCUCGAGCGCGUUGAGCUCCGUGCUCAGCAAGUGGGACCUGCCCGUCUUCACUCUCCCUUUCAACAUGGCGUUGUCGAUGUACCUGUCAGCCACAGGACACUACAAUACGUUUUUCCCAAGUAAACUCUUCACACCUGUCAGCUCCGUGCCCAACAUCACGUGGUCUGAGCUCAGCGCCCUGGAGCUAUUGAAGUCUCUUCCGGUGGGAGUCGGUCAGAUAUAUGGCUGUGACAACCCGUGGACAGGCGGCAUUUUCCUAUGUGCUAUCCUGCUCUCCUCCCCACUCAUGUGCCUGCACGCUGCUAUUGGAUCGUUGCUGGGUGUCAUCGCGGGACUCAGUCUUGCAGCUCCAUUUGAAGACAUCUACUUUGGGCUCUGGGGUUUCAACAGCUCUCUGGCCUGCAUUGCAAUUGGAGGGAUGUUCAUGGCACUCACCUGGCAGACCCACCUCCUGGCUCUUGCCUGUGCCCUGUUCACUGCCUACUUCGGAGCCUGUAUGGCACACCUGAUGGCUGUGGUUCACCUGCCAGCUUGUACCUGGUCCUUCUGUUUGGCCACACUACUCUUUCUCUUGCUGACCACGAAAAAUCCCAACAUCUACAGGAUGCCCCUCAGCAAAGUUACCUACUCUGAGGAGAACCGCAUCUUCUACCUCCAAAACAAGAAAAGGAUGGUUGAAAGCCCCCUGUAAGAGCAGCGCCGCCCAACAGCCAUGGUCAUGAGUCAGUUCUAAGUGCAGCUCCAGUUGACUUCCAGGCUCUCCACAAUUGCUUUUCUUCUCUGGGAGCCACUUCCAUACUCUCGGCGAUCCAUUCUUUUGCUUGCUUCUUGUUUUUCUCUUUGACUUUAUAUUAUCAAUCACAUGAGAGCCGUGUCCAGUUGAUGUUCUCUGGAAUGGAAUUUAAACCCCACUGUGCACUGGGGGUCGGCAGGAGUAUCACUAAGACUGCAUUUAGAGAGUCAAAAUGUUCCGACCGACAGAAGGAAUGGAAGCAGCAACAAUUAUUGUUAUUUGAAGCUAUCUUUGAUGUCAGUAUUAAAAGUCAAGCUCUGUAAACCAUGUAAGCCUUGCAGAAUCCACGGGCACAGAAACAAAGCAGCCCAGGGUUCUCGGAGAGGCCUUUUGCUUUCAGAAUCAGUGCAAGUUACUCAGAGCAACCGCAUAACAACAUUGCAGUGGGGCAGGUUGACCAGAGCGCUAGUCCCCAGCUCUCCAGCUGGGUGGUGAUGUUCUCUUAAUAAGAAACGUUAGUUAGCUUUUUGUUCCAAGCUGACCGAGCUGUGGGAAGAACUUUGUUGUCCAAAAUAGUUUUCCACUGCCACACUCAGAAUUUGCAAAAUCUAGUAGAGUUUAUUUAUUCUUUAUGAAAAUAUUUGCCCACUGAUAUAUGUUUGCAGCUAGCCAGUUCUAAGAUAUUAAAUAAAAUGUAUAAAUGCAUAAAAUACUAAGCAUACUUGCUUUUGCUUUAUAUACUUGCUUUACUAUAUAUUAGUUUGGAGGGAUUGUUUGACAUAGGGCUGUCUAUGUAGCCCAGGCUAGCCUAGAACUCAGCAUCUCCCUGUUUCCAUUCCCUAAGCACCAGAGCUGUGUGUUGGGUUUUUAAGUGCUUAUAAGGCAACUUCAUCAACCUCGAGAGCCUUUUGAAGCCACAGUUGAAUGAAUCUGAGGGUAUCAUCUAAACACCAGCAACUAAGCUGCACUCACAGAGCCUUUCGAGAGUUCUUUAGUUUAUUUCUUUUUUCUUUUUUCUUUUCUUUUCUUUUCUUUCUUUCUUUUAUUUGUUUAUUUAAUUUCUUUUUUUUAAGGCAUUAUUUCCUGCACACUAAUGUUCUGGCUAGCAAACUAAUAGUAUCAGAACCACCUUACAGAAAUACAGAUAGAGAAUUCUCUGGGUUUCUUUUGUAAAUUUUUAAUUUAAAAGUUGUGGUUUUCUAAAAAACAAAAACAAAAGCAAACAAACAACAACAACAACAAAAAACCCAAACCUUCUACAUCCAGUCUUGCUGAAGCUUCACUGACCGCCUGCUGCCUGUCCAGUGAAAUUUAUUUCUGGGAGGUUGGAAAAGUGAAAAUUUCAAAUCCUAAAUAUUUUCUUUUUCCUGACAAGUAUGUUGCUUGUGCCCAAAAUCCCAGCACUAGGGAGACUGAGGUAGGAGGAGCACAAACUUAGGAACAUCCAGCGUGGGCUACACGAAUGGCUCUAUCUCCAAAACCCAACCGAACAAACACAUAAACAAGUCCCCCCCCCCCCUCUUUCAAUAGUCAGUGUUAACCAGGAAGUGGCAGCGGGGGCAAGCUGAUCUCUGAGUUCAAGGCCAGCCUCGUCUACAGAGAGAGUUCCUGGACAGCCAAGACUACACUGAAAAACCCUGCCUCAAACACCAAAAGCAGAAAAUCGUGCUGAGAAGGCAAUCCGCAGCUUGCUGAAUGGCUGAAGUCAGACUGUAGUGCAGAUGCCUUCAGGGCACAGCCACAUUCCCUCUUCUCAGGAAACAAAUCGAAAUCUGUGAUAAUUUAAAAUCUCGUGACCAAAACCCUUAGAAGCCAUGGAUUUGCAACUGUCAUGGAUUCCUGAGUCGUCCUAUGGAAAGUCUGGAUUUCCAGUGUUUGAGCUGAAAGUUUCCUGUUUGGAGUUUGUGGAAUAAACGUUGGGUCAGCAAGAGUAAUGUGCAUGCGAAGACCCCCUCGGAAGUGAAGAUGCUGGAUCGGAGAAGAGUGGACCAAAGCAUCUACAAAACAACUGAGCCCCAGCCAGCAGCAAAGCUCUAACUCACCUAAGGCAACAUUGUCUCAGACCUGAAAACAGGGACAAGUCGAAACCUUCUACACUGUUUUAUUUGUGUAAUAAAUUUUUGUCUUCAAGGUAUUUUUGUUACUAAGUAUUAUCAUAAAGUUAAGAGAAAACUCUUAGGGGACAUUUGUACUUUCCCCCCCUAUUGUCUGUGUAACAGACUCCUGUGUAAACAUAUGAAUAAAUUAUAUUAACAGCUCAGA